AUGGGUAAAUCGAAGCGAAUGGAUGAUCUCUGCGCCGUCUUUGUCCACGCUGGAGCCGGGUAUCAUAGCCGCGAAAACGAAAAGAAGCAUCUUCAAGUGUGUCAACUUGCAGUAGAAGCUGGAAUGACGCUUCUUCGCCAGGGUGGAACUGCCGUUGAAGCCGUGGAAAUAGCUAUUACGGUUCUCGAGGAUGCACCCAUCACCAAUGCAGGGUACGGUAGCAACCUCACGGAAAAAGGCAUCGCCGAGUGUGACGCUUCUAUUGUUGACCACUAUGGCCGCAGCGGGGCAGCUGGUGCUGUUCCCAGUGUCAAAAAUCCAAUUCAUUUAGCCCGACGAAUUUAUGACCAGGCAUAUCGAGCCCCCGGAAUGUCACGCGUGCCUCCGAACUUUCUUUGCGGAGAAGGUGCUACAGAAUUUGCAUGGAACAACAAUAUCCUUGUGCUGCCGAACGAUGCAAUGAUUGCCCCCCAGGCACGAUCACGCUGGAGAAACUGGACCAAUGAAAUCGCCAACUAUGAACGGACGCAUCCGCGCUCAGAGGAAGAAAUCCGAGCCGACUUUUUUCGUCAGCCACAUAACCUCUCGUAUGCUGCGAUUCCUGGUAUCAGGGAGAGAAUAGAGGCCGCUCGUAACAUUCUACCCGAACCAAAGGCACCGGCACCCCAGCCGGUGAAUGAGGAGAAUUUCGAUGGGCUUGACCCUAAAAUUCAAUCGGAACCUCCAUUCGACGUGCCACCAUCCAACGGUGAAAUGAGUUGGACUGAUCCUCAGGUAGAAACCUCUAAACGGGCCCCAGACUUCCAUGCUUUUGGAGAGGAUACUCAAGCCGACGAUGAAGAUUGCAUUACAGACACUGUUGGAGCCAUAGCCGUGGACAAAUGGGGAAAUAUUGCGGCUGGAUCCUCGUCUGGUGGAAUCGGCAUGAAACAUCGUGGUCGUAUUGGCCCGGCCGCACUUAUCGGUAUUGGCACUCAUGUCUUCCCUGUUGAUCCAACUGAUACGGAUGGAACGGCGGUUGCGGUCGUGACAUCAGGCACGGGCGAGCAUAUUGCCUCAACAUUCGCCGCAAGUAAAUGUGCAGAGCGUCUUUACUACAAUCAGAGGAUGGGAGCCGGAGGCAUUUAUGAGCAGGUCACUGAAGAGGAGGCCAUUGCUGCCAUGCUUCAGAAUGAAUUCAGUGGCCAUCCCGCAGUUUUGAACAGUGAAAUUGCUGGCUCCAUUGGGCUCAUGGCUGUCAAAAAAACAAAGGAUGGAAUUGGGCUCUUUUUCGCACACAACACUGAGUCAUUUGCACUCGCUUCUCUUUCGAGUUGUGAUACUGUCGCCCAAUGUGUGAUGUCUCGAAACCCGAAAAGAGCCCCUGUUGCACAGGGAGGAUUGAUGAUUCGGCCCACGUAG